UUAAUGUCUAUCAUGGCAGGAAAACCUCAUGUGCUGGUCAUUCCAUACCCAGCACAAGGCCAUGUCAUGCCUCUUAUGAAGUUAGCAUACAAAAUAGCUGAAAAUGGUUACAAGGUCACAUUUGUCAACACAGACGUCAUACAAGCUAAAAUUAUGUCUGCAAUGCAUGAGAAUUUUAAAGAGCAAACCCAUAUAAACUUUGUUUCAAUUCCUGAUGGACUGGAAUCCAACAACGACAAGAAGGAUCCAUUCAAGGAUUUAAAAAUUUUAUGUCAAGUAAUGCCAAGUCAUUUGCAGAAUUUGAUUGAGAAAAUUAACCAAUCUGAAGAUGAAGAGCAGAUUACUUGUGUUAUUGCUGAAACAACAGCUUGGUGGGCAUUGGAAGUAGCACAAAAACUGGGCAUCAGAAGAGCUGCAUUCUCACCUCCUGGACUUGGAAACAUGGCUUUAGUGCUGCAUAUUCCGAAGUUAAUUGAGGCUGGAGUUAUAGAUGCUAAUGGAAUGCCAAUAACAAAUGAAUUAAUCAGCUUGUCAAGAGACAUCCCUGCUUGGAAUCCCAAAGAGUUAUUAUGGAGCUGCCCAGGUCAACCCGAGUUACAAAAAUUUAUGUUUGAAAAUUUUUGUUCUAAGGCUAUUCAAGCGAUUAAAAUUUCGAAUUGGCAUAUCACGAACUCAUUCUAUGAACUUGAGCAAUCUGCCAAUCACUUAGUUCCAAGUAUCUUGCCAAUCGGUCCGUUAACAAGCACUACUCAUUUGUCACAUUUUCCUGGAAGUUUUAGGCCUGAGGAUUCAACUUGCUUAAGCUGGCUAGAUAAGCAACCUGAAGGUUCUGUCAUUUAUAUUUCAUUUGGCAGCACAACAGUAAUAACACAGAAACAAUUCGAGGAACUGGCAUCUGGGCUUGAACAAUUAAUCCAACCAUUUCUGUGGAUUGUUAGAUCAGAUCUAAUCAAUGGAAGUUUUGCAGAAUUCCCAAAUGGGUUUAAAGAAAGGGUAGCUAAUCGCGGAAAAAUUGUCGAGUGGGCUUCACAAGAGAAAAUAUUGUCUCAUCCUUCUAUUGCUUGCUUCUUGAGUCAUUGUGGAUGGAAUUCUGUAAUGGAAGGUAUAAGCAAUGGAAUCCCUUUUCUUUGUUGGCCUUAUUUUGCAGAUCAGUUCUAUAAUCAGAGAUAUACAUGUGAAACUUGGAAAGUUGGUUUAAGAUUAAACCCAGAUGAAAAAGGGAUCAUAACAAGGCAAGAAAUAGAAACAAAGAUAAAAUUACUGAUAUCAGAUAAUGUUAUAAAGGAAACUGCUGCUAAGAUGAAGGAAAUUGCAAGAAAGAGUAUUACCGCAGGUGGGUCUUCUCUCAGGAACUUUAAAGUCUUCAUUGAACAAUUGAAGUGUUACAAAUUUUCUAGUAAAUGUAACUAAAUUUGAUAAAUUCUGUGAAAAUUGAAAAUUAGUUUGUAUUUCAUUACAGUUUAUCUGCUAAAGAAUAUUUUAGUUAGGCUAUAUCAUUAGAAAAAUUUGACUUUCGGCAAAUUAAGCCAAUGUUUUUAAUCUUG